UGGAGUGCAGUCGUUUCUGUUGUUCAAUUAAAUCGUAAAGCUCAUUGCAACUCGCGCCGAUCUCACCACUGAAAUUUAUAAAAAUUAAUGAAAUCCACUAGUGAAAUGAAGUACACCGUGUUGACUAGUGUUACUACGAUAUCCUCCCCUCGGGCAAAUGCUAAUUGCUGAUGAAUGAAUUCAGCUUGAAAUAAUUAUCGUGCUUGUAUGUAUCUCUAAUUUGGAGAUGUCGAAGUUUUGGUUUUGUGACGCGCAUUUGCGCUGCUUGCGAAGGCUUUGCAGAGCGCCCAGCGGCGAUUGAUAAAAUAAAUAAAUUUCUCACUCGAUUUUUCAAAUGAUAAAAAAAAUAAGUCGACGAUAAUAAAGUCCCAGCGAUAAUGGCCCUGUGUAAAAAAAAAUGUUGAAAAAAAAUCGGUGAAUUAUUGUGGCGGGAAAAUAGUAUCUCAGCGACGCGCAUUUCUGUAUUUUGUUAUCGAGGGGAAAGGGAAAUUGUAUGAAUGAAAAGAUGAUAAUACCAGGUGGAUGGUUGACAGGAAAUAGGGAAAAGUGUAAUAACCGAACACGUCAGAGUGAUGACAACGUGAUAACCACGUGCUUUCGAGAAUGUUGUGCCGGUCAUCGUUGUUGAUGAAAAAUUGUGAAAAAGGCAAACGUCGGUUGGAAAAAUAGUGUGGAGAAACACGUGGGAUUUAGUGAUUACAAACGGGAUGUAUGUGUAUAUGUUGUAAAGAAGUAAGUGAUAUUACUGGGCGAUGUGCAAUUACUUAAUCAUCACCGAAGGGAUAAGGAUAACAGAGUCGAUUGAUGGUGCAUGAGUUGAGAGUCCCCUAAUGCAAAUUGGAGUAAUAGGAAUAGCUGGUUGAGUAAAAAGGAGACGGAAUCGACAAGAGAGAGGAUAAAAGGAGAAAGCAAAGAUAAAUACAUACAUAAAUAAAUAAAUAAAUAAAUAAAUAAAUAAAUAAAUAAAUAAAUAAAAGAGUAAAAGGGUGAAAAAAGUUGAAAGUAUCGUGUGGUCGAGGUAUCGGCCGAACAGGAGACGUCGUGGAGGGGGGAGUGAUGCCGGUGAGGGUGGCACAGCGCCCCCCAAGUGGUUUACUCCACUCCGGCCCAGUAUCGGUUGUAGCAAGUACAGGACCGAAUAAUCAAAUAUCCUCGGGUCGUUGCCUCGGGGGCCCCAGUGGCUCCCCACCACUGGCGCCGGCACUAAGCCAACUUGCCGGCAGCAAUACCAAUAGUUUGAAUAGUUUGAAUAACAAUAAUCAUCUGAAUAAUAAUCAAAAUCAAUCAAUAACAACGACAAGCGCCCCAAAUCCAUUGCAGGCAAUGGCAUCAGCUGCUGCAUCACUAACGCAACUUAAUAAUAUGGCAAAUGGUCCACUGCCACCACUGAACAGUGGCCAGACUGGUCCAUCAUUACCACCACCUCAGCCAGCAACAACGCCAACUCAUGGUGGACCACCAACACCACAUGGUGCACCAACACCACACAUAACAGGUCCAGGACCUCAUCUCAAUGGGGCAUCACCGAGUCCACAUCCAAUGCCACCGCAUGCUAUGAUGAGUGGCUCACCUCAUGCUCCACAUCCUCACAUGGGUGGUGGUGGUCCAUCACCCCAUCCACAUCAUCCAGGUCCACAUAUGGUUGGAUCACCCCAUCAUCCUGGACCUCAUAUGGCACCCGGCAUGAUGGCACCAACCAUGCAACCUCAACCUGGACCUGGUAUGUGUCCACCUAAUAGUGGUCCACCAAUGCCACCGCAUCCACAUUCUCAAGGAUCUGGUGUACCUGGACAACCACACAUGCACAAUGAUCCCUUUUAUUGUUCACCCUUUGGAACACCCUAUUACAGAUCGUUGCCUGUCCCCAGGAGGCAUACACCGUACUUCCAACAGCCGGACAUCCGACUUUACGAGCUCAAUAAGAGGUUACAGCAGCGAACUGAGGAAAGCGACAAUCUUUGGUGGGACUCCUUUGCGACUGAAUUUUUUGAGGACGAUGCCACACUCACACUUGCAUUCUGCCUCGAAGAUGGACCCAAGAGAUACACAAUAGGAAGGACGUUAAUACCCAGGUACUUUCGUUCAAUAUUUGAGGGAGGUGUUACAGAGCUUUACUAUCACAUAAAGCAUCCAAAAGAGUCAUUUCACAAUACGAGUAUAACGUUGGAUUGUGAAAAUUGUGUGAUGGUUACGCAUCACGGGAAGCCACCAUUUAUGAAGGAUUUCCUGUUCCAGGUGUGUACAGAGGGUAGGCUAAUAUUAGAAUUCACCUUCGAUGACCUGAUGAGGAUAAAGUCGUGGCAUAUGACGGUACGGCAGCAUCGAGAAUUGGUACCGAGAUCCGUUGUCAGUAUGCACACAGCCCAGCAAGACCCAUCGAUGCUUGAACAAUUGAGUAAAAACAUUACUAGACAAGGCAUCACAAAUUCUACUCUUAAUUAUCUUAGGUUAUGUGUGAUUUUGGAGCCAAUGCAGGAGCUUAUGUCGAGGCACAAGGCGUACGCACUGUCGCCGCGUGACUGUCUGAAGACAACCCUUUUUCAGAAGUGGCAGAGGAUGGUUGCCCCGCCGGGUAAGAGAGAAUCUCAGAGGCCUGCAAGUAAAAGGAGAAAGCGGAAGGGGAGUGCAUCAGGGCCCGGAAAUAAUGCACCACCAGCCCCUAGUAAAAAGCGAUCACCAGGGCCCAAUUUUUCCUUAGCAUCGCAGGAUGUGAUGGUCGUGGGUGAACCAUCUCUGAUGGGCGGUGAAUUCGGUGAUGAGGAUGAGCGAUUGAUAACGAGGCUGGAAAAUGCGCAGUAUGAUGCUGCUAAUAGUCUCGAUCCUCACAGUCACGAUACCUCAGGUGGUCCACCACCCCACCCACACCAAUUUCACUCGGAACCAACACCUGGCAAUUCCUGGCCACCUGAUCGCGGUGGAGGACCACCCCAAGGAGGUCCCGGAAGUCAGGGUGUGCAGGGGGCUGGAGGUGGUGGAGGAGGUAGUGUACAGGGCUCGCAAGAUGGUAGCCAACAGCAGCAAGACAAAAAGAGCCCCGCAGUGAGCCAGUGAGGCCAGGAGUCCCCGCGCCCACCCACCAGGGGGCGUCGGGGGCGCAGGCCCAAAAAUGUGGCUCCCUAGCGGGGCGAGAACACGGUGUUAUCAACGAGCUCAUAUCUGACCUCAUCAUCCGCCUCGUCGCGUUAUCACGGACAGUUAACUGGUAUGAUGCCACAGCUUCCAAUCACAGAGCCAGCAUCCAUAUCCAUGGAGGGUGGUGAUAUUGGAUUGUCCAAUGCCGUUACAACUGCUCAACCUACUGGUGGAGGUGUGACGCAGACUAAUCAGGGUCAGGAUCCACUGCAAAGUAUUGUACAGCAGUUACUCUACCUUCAACAACUUGAUUACAUCCUAGCACAGCAUGGACACAUGUGACCCAACGGACUGGGGGGCUGCUCAUCAAUUCAUUGAACAUUCAAUAAAAACAUCAACAUUCGAACAUUGAUAACUGAUUUUAUUAUCUGAGAAUCGUCAAUGACUCAGGGGCUUAAUGAAACAAAAUGAAAUUAAACAAAGUUAAUGACAAGUUUAACUUGAUUGAGUUGCAACUUGAAUGAUAUUCAAAGACGAUUGAAUUAAUGAAAGUCAAAUUUUAAUUAUGGAAUUUCUUCAUCGAAAUUUUUUAAAUAGAGAAUAAAUUCUACGAUCUCCGAUUUUCGGGGUCGAGUGAUACGCGAAAUAGUUGGCAAUGUGAAAUAAUGUUUUUUCUUUCUCUCUCUUUUUUUUCUGUCUUUUUUUAUAUCAAAGUGAAGUGGGGGUGAAGGAAUGGUUUAUGGAAACGAAUGAAUGUUCAUUAAAAUUAAUUCUACGAUGUGGAAUAAUCGUGGAGAUUUAUCGUUUUGUUUCCAACAAUUGAAGGUCAUGUACAUCAUCCGCGCACAAAAAUGGACAAUUUCUAGUUUUUGGGGUUUUUUAAUUUACGCUCGAUUGAACGUGCGCGAGCUGUGAAUGAAUCUCUAUCCGUCAACAGUAUUGAUAUAAUUAUAGAAUAAAUGAAUAUAAUAUUCUAAGAGGUUUUUAGACUGUAAGUACGUACUGUGCAAGCGAAUUGCGAGUGACUGCACUUUGUUCUGUGGAUGAAUGAGUAUUUUCUCUCCCCUCCUCCUCCUCCCCUCUACCCCUCUGCCCCCUUUUUUUAAUGACAAUUGGUCAAAUCGAAUUGCCUAAACGCACAUGAUUCUUUUAUUCCGAAGGGCAUUGCACAACAAGUGGCAUCCUAUUUUCUUUAGUACUUCUGAAAUCAAAUAAUUAUUUAUUUAUUGAAACACUUCGAAGAAAAAGCACUCUUCCCUUUAUUUUUGCUGGAAAUUUAUCAAUUAUCAAUAUUACUGCACAUUUUUUAUAAAAAUAAGACAUUACGUGGGCAAAUUUCUGGUGAUACUAGAAAGAUGAAUUUCCUUUUUCACGUAUCAUCACGAAUGUAAUAUUCACAACGCACAGGACAAACAGAUGACAUUGACAAAAAUCUGGAGUUAACAUUUGUUCACGGAUUUUCAAUUGGCUUACCAAUCCACGUGAAUCAUCAACAUCCCUCACACAUUACACAAAUCAUUAAAAACUAUAUUAUCCUUGUCUUGAUUUAUUAAAUUUCAGCUAUGUAUAGCAGAUGAUACAUACGAGUCCAUAGUAUUUCAUUGACGCAUGAAAAAUAUAGUAAUGAAAAAAAAAAAUCACUCUUUGAAGUGGCAAACAACUUCGAUGCAGACAAAUGCGUAUAAAAUCAACUGACGAAAAAAAAGUAAUAAACUGAAGAUAAGAAAAUGAGAUGACAGAAUAGAUACAGCAGACAUCUCAAUUUUUUAUUAGUUAAUAAAGCCACUCGUGCACCCAGCAAGUUGUUUCUCAAGUGUGAUUUCAUAUAGUAAAUAAAACCCAUGAAAAUAAGACGAGAAAUUAUGAUUUUGUGUAAUUAUAAUAAGUGCGCAAAGUGUGAGUGCAUAUAAAAUGUGAAACGAGUGAAUUUGUGAGAGGGAUGAGUUUUAGAAUAAAUGAUUUAUUGACAAAUGUUGUAUAUUAUUACGAAUUAUAAUGACACUAUAAUAAUUAAUUAAUUAUUAUACCAUAAUAAUGUGAAUUGACCUUAACAGAAGAAAAAAUACAUGAAUGAUAAAUAAUAGGGAAUUUUUAAUUGUUAGUAAAAGGUGAAAAUAAUAAAGUGAUGGAAUGAAAAACUCAAGUGCACAUCAAGCUGUUGUUUUGACAGCUAUUAGGUCUGAACUCGAUAGCAGAAACCGAUCCGCUCAAUGUAUUGAAAUUAUUUUACACCUCCAUGAGCUCAUUAUAUAUAUUUUUUUUUCGUUUUUACAUUUUUUUUUCAUGGGCUUUGAGAGACGUGCUUUAAAACGGUAAAAUGCAGUAUGAAAAAUAAUUUUCUGUAGGAAUUAAAUAAGCUUCUUGCGCUUUUUGGAUGUAAAUAAAGUGGUAAAUUAUUCA